CAACCUGCAGGUUAGGGAGCAUUUUGCAAAUGGGAAUGUCCACAAGUUCUUAUGAGAGAGGGAAGGGAAACGUUUCUCUCUCUGCUCUCUUUCCUCUGCCCACGUGUCCUGAAUCGAGCCCAGUGGACUCGGUGGCUUUGGAGAAUGCAUGUACAGGAUUCGGCUGCCUGUCACUUGCAGUCUCACUCUCUCCCUUGCACAGCCUUUCCCCACCCAACCUGCUUCUGUCUCGGGCAGCCAGGGGGUGUCCCCUGCUCUGCUUCAGGAAACCGAAUUGAUUCUGCCCCGUGAACUUUCAUUUUCAGCUCCGAGCGAAAGUUCGUCUCCCAAGCCAGACGAUUUCAGGGAGAGCGGAGGAAGGAGCAGCAGGCAGAGCAGAGCAGAAAUAGGAAAAAUCCACAGAUGAAGAGACAAUACUUGUGAUCUCCAAAGAGGAAACCUCCCCCCACCUGCUCAAGAGCCACUCAGCUUGACUUCCAGGUUCCUGCCAUGGGUUUGGGCUGCAUUUCCAGGACACCGGACCCCAGUAGUGCAGCUUGGAGCCAACGGCAGCCGCCUUCUCUGCUCCUUCCACCUGAACUUCAGGAAAAGAAGGAUGUCCAAGAAAGUCCAGAAUUAGGAAAGAUCUGGAGAAGCCACACCUGUGAUCUUCAAAGAGGAACAAAUCCUUGAAGACUGUUGCCUUGAAGCAAGAAAAUUGCCAUGGGAGGAAAAAUGUCACGUGAACCAUUGCUGAAGACCUCAGAGGUUGGCAGGAGCAGGGACCGAGCAACGGGCGCUCACUCCGUCGCGGGGAUUCGAACUAACCUUAAACUAUCACAAAUAUUUCAGGGAGAUGAAGAUUCCGUCGCAGAAGGAGAAGACAGAGAAGUGAGGAUAAUCCUCGUCGGGAAAACAGGUGGCGGGAAAAGUGCCACGGGAAACACCAUCCUUGGCCGGAGAGAAUUUGUGUCGGCGCUUAGGCCAAGAACAACAACUGUCACCUGCCAAAGUGGCCAAGGGACCUGGAAGGGCAGGACUGUCUUGGUGGUGGACACAGCAGAUAUUCUGAGUUCAGGUGCCUUCAGUGAUGAAGAAUCAGCAGCAGAGAUCAUCCGUUGCGUUGAGCUGUCCAGGCCUGGUCCCCACGCUCUGGUUUUCGUGACUCAGGUGGGCCGUUUCACGGCAGAAGACGAGGCGGCAGCAAAGCAGGUCCAGGAUGUCUUUGGGUCGGAGGCCACCAAGCACAUGGUGGUCUUGUUCACCCGAAAAGAAGGUUUAGGUGGAGGCUCCUUGGGGGAUUAUGUGGGGUCAUCAGAGAACAAGGCUAUCCUGGAGCUGAGGGCAAAAUGUGGCAGCCGCUUCUGCGCUUUCAAUAACAGGGCAGAAGGGGAAGAGAAGGAGGAGCAGGUCUCUGAGCUGAUGGACAUGAUCCACAACAUGGUUCAGGAUAACGGAGGAGGCUUUUACAGCAACGAGCUGUAUUUGAAGCCCUACAUAACCAAUGCAGAUCUCAGGAGAUACAUGAUAGGAAACAGACGGGCCAGGGAAAGAGCAGAGCAAGUUUCUGGGUGGAGGCAGAAUGUGCUGCGUCUCAUUGCAGAUCGGUGGUUGGUCGCUGCAGGGAUUGCAAUUGGGUGUGCUUUGUUGGGGUACAUUAUUUGGCGUGUGUUUUCUUAGUUUCAAGGUGGGCCAUCUGCUUCCUAAAAUAGCUCAUCUUGGUCUUUCAGACCCUCUCCAGCUGUUUUUGGACUACAACUCCCAUCACCCCUAGCUAGCAGGACCGAUGGUCAGGGAUGAUGGGAACAGCUGAAGACCCGCAUUUGGGAAACCCUGGGACAGGGUGUCAGACUCGGAAAUACCUGACUGCUCAGGGUUCAGAUCCCCACCACUCAGCCAUGAAUCUCACUGGGUGACCUCGGGUCACUCACUCACUCUCAGCUUAACCUACCUCGCAGGGUUGUUGUGAGGAUAAAAUGGAGAGGGAGAGAACUCUGUACAUCAACUUAAGCUCCUUGGAGGGAAAGGUAUGAUAUAUAUGUGUGUAUGUAAUUAAUAAAGAAAUAAACUCUUGUGUGGCAAGGUGAGCAACGUAACUUGGAAGGUUAGAGUUCUGCAGGGUUUGAAUUCCCACCACUCAGCCAUGAAGCUCAGUGGGUGAUCUUGGGCCAGUCGCUGCCUCUCAGCUUAUCCUCCCUCACAGGGUUGUUGUUGUUGUGAGGAUGAGGUUGUGUAGAUAACAAAUGGGAUGGUGAAAAAGAGGUUGAUAACGUGGAGUAGGAGAAAAGCAAAAGGAACCAGGAAAAGUGUGGAAGGGAAGUCAUAUGGUAUAUGCAGACAUGCUGUAUUUGGUAUGAAGUUGUAAGUGGGACAAGGGGAGGGGAGGGGGUCAAAUAUGCUCUCUGUUCCUGUUUUUGAAAAUGCGAAGAAGAAGAAGAAGAAGAAGAAGAAGAAAGAGCUGAUUUCUGGAGAUGGGUGUUAAAUAAUUCCCUUCCCAAAUGGUAAAAUUUCUAAACUUUGGGAAGAGGUUCAAGCAUGUCUCUCGCUGUGCAGGACCUGGUGUCCAGGCACUCACUAGGAAUUCAAUGUACAUUUAAUUUGCUGUGGGGCGGUAAAUGUGUCUGGCUUAGAAACAGGCCUCUUUCUGUUUCCUGGGGCUUAUUCCCAAGAAGUGGGUGCAGAAUGGCAGUCUAUGCUUUGGUUUAGGAUCAGUGUUUGGGGAAACGGAGUUAUUAAGCCGUGUGUCCACAAUCAGGACUAGCAGGACACAGCAGGCUUCCCAGGGCAAGCAUAAGAUUGGGGGGCGGUGGGGAGAGAGACUGAAGCAGCAAUGACUGGACGCUCUCUAACUUUGUGUUCUGACUUGCCCUCCCCAUGGCAGCCCCAUUGUGCUCUGCCCCACACCCCUGCCAGCAAUUUUAUGACUGCCUCCUCCCACCACGCUCUAUCCUAAUUCAAAAUGUACCCCCUGAUCCAAUAUGGUUGGUGGCCCCUCUCUGUCCAUUCUCCCAGAGAGGGGUCUUCUCACUACCUGGAAAAACCCCAAGGAAGCUGGAAAUAAUAUUCCCUUUUUCAUCACAGAGGGUCCCUCUGGCGUGGCUCAUCGAGAGGACUCCCCCCCAACCCCUUAUCAGAAAUCGACUAACACUCUGGAGCAAUUGCCUUCAAUGGCUUGAAAUAAGAACCAAGAGUACCCAAUAUUUAAAAACGUGACCAGAAAAGCCCCAGUGGGGAUGGAGGGGGUGUGUGCAGAGAGGGGGGUGCUCUUCGUGAAAGGCUCUUGCUGCCUUUCUUGAAAAUGCUCUGGCCAUGUCAAGUUGAUUUCCCAAGGCUUUGCACCAAUAGCAAUUUGGAAUCCCAGCUGGCUUUCUUCUUGCCCCACCCAAAAGGAACUUCCCAUGUUCCUCCCAACCUCCAUGGCUUAAAAGCCGUGCUCAGUUUUUCUCCGUCUUGCAGUGAUAUGGAUUCACAUGACUCUGCAACACAGCUAUUUGCCAAACAAAAGAAGCCUGGAAGAGCGUAGAAUGUGGACUUGGGGGAAGGAAGACCCCUGUGUGCUUGUGUGUGAGUUCAACACCGUCCAAAAAUGGGGAGAGAAUUUCCACAAAUUCUGCUUUCCUCAGCCCUGCGCGACAAGCUGCACCUUCUGAGAUUUCCACAUUUGCACUGCUGAAAGCACAGGGGCCGCCCUCUCGCCCUAGAGGGGAUGAACAGGAUCAAGGAGCCACUAUGUAAGAAGAGCCCAAUAUUUGGAUCCAGCCAGGGACCCACCUAGUUCCGCAUCCUGUAACAGCCACACUCUCCUCACCUGUGAUUCCCAAACAGUGGCAUUCAGAGGCGAUUGGAGACUCUGCUGCUUUUAGGAUAUGUGGUUCCAGUGGUAUAGGAAGGGGGGUGCAGUGGGUGUGGGCUGACCCAGGUGUCAUCACUGAGGGGGGUGACAAAAUGGCACCUUAAGGAUACCCUCCAACACUUUGAAGCCAAAAUCGGGGACGCUGUCUUCCUGUUUUUUAUUGCAAGAGCAUGGCGGCUAUUUGGGUUGCUGUGAUCUCGUGUGACUUCACGCCGUGGUCUGUUCCCACCCCCCACCCCAUUAAAGCACUUUUUUUGGGCACGUGCAUUUCAAGGCAAGAUCGCAGCCCCAAAAAAAACACUUUAUGGGGGAAAGGAGGGGAAUUGUGCUGUGAUAUCGUGCGAGAUCACAACAACCAAAAUGGCCGCUGUUCUCUCACAAGAGAAAAACAGAAUGUCCCAGUUUUUCCAGGACACUUGUGGAUUAUGCCUUAAGGAUGUAUGCAAACUCAAGGAAAGGUGUGAGCUUUUGUGGGACGAUAAAGUAUGAGAAAUCACACUUGUGUGAGAGAAAAGGGCUAACAAAAUAAAAUUGGCACAAGGUUUGAAGCACAAAGACUCUUUUGCAACCGAUGUGUACAGCUUAAUUAUCUGCACACCUAAAAAUGAAAACAAGACUUCCUUCACACGUGAAUAAACCACGUCUUGCCUUCUGUGCAAACGGUUGUCUGUGGUAGGGACUCAAUUGUGUUAUUUAGGAGUUAUUAUUUAUGCAUUUCCUAAACCAGGAAUCCCCAAACUUGGCCCUCCAGAUGUUUUGGGACUACAAUUCCCAUCAUCCCUGACCACUGGUCCUGUUAGCUAGGGAUCAUGGGAAUUGUAGUCCCAAAACAUCUGAAGGACCAAGUUUGGGGAUGCCUGUCCUAAACUCUGCCUUCUGGGCUAGAGGGGAAGGUUUGACUCGAUGUUUGCAUGAUAUUGUAUUAUGCUGUAAGAAUUUUUAAAAGAAAAAGAAUAAGAUUAAUAUCACUUCUUUAAACUGAAUAAUGUAUUAAACCCAGGAACCACAAGUGAAGUGGGUGGGGUGGUAUUUAUAAUGUCAUUUUUAUUUGAAUAUUUCACAAUUUGCUUUUGCUUCAAUACAUCAAUACAGAGUGUAAAGCCUAAUGAAAAGAUUUAAGGGAAAAUUAAACGGAAGAGGAGAAACAUUUGCAUUCCAAAUAAAUGCACAAACCAGGCAUAUUUGCAUAUGUUUGUAUAUUAUUUAUUUAUUUAUUUAUUUAUUUAUUUGAAUUUCUAUACCGCCCUAUACUCGGAGGUCUCAGCGCAGUUCACAGAAUAAAUCAAGACAUAAAACCACAAAAUACCUAAUACAAAUUAAAAAACAACAACCCAGUAGCCCCCCCAUUGCAUAUGCAAAUCUGCUUUCUCACUUCUACCAUUAACUACUCGUGAGUCGGGUUGAAGAAAGAAUCCAGAAAGUUUAUUUACUGCAGUAAAGUAUUUCAGCAGGAUUGCUCCACAAAGGCUGGAACCCCACCCCAUAGCCCGGGAGGGGGGAGUUACUUAUAGGUUUAUUACACAAAGCAUUGAGAUUUCCUCCAAUCAUAUGCAUCAUGACCUCAUUCAAGGAGGUAUACAAGCUGUCGUUAGCCAGAACUUAUUUAGUUACAUUUCAUUUUAGCCUGCGCUUCUAGCAUAAGCAUCUGGGCUGGCCCUACAGCAAGGCUGGGUGGCGCAGGGCGCCAGGGUGCCACCACGCUGCUGCGCCCGCCAGACAGCCGCGCCAAGAAACAGGGUAGGGGGGCGCGUCGGAGGAAUCUUCGCACCAGGGCGCCAGAUAUGCUUAAGACAGCC